AUGAGCGACGUGGGGGCUUCGCUCGGUCUGGCCGGCCAGAAAGUGUUGGACGUCCACACGGACCCUGACCCAGGAGCGGGGGGAAAUCAGCAAGAGGAAGAAAAGCUGAAGAAAUACAUAUUCAAGUACACCACUCUGGAGGGCUAUUUUCUGCAAGAUGACCCCAACACCAAGGCUCAGGAUUUUGAAUUCAUGAAGACAAAUUUCGGGCUGAUUCAGCGCCCGUAUGACUCGGAUAAGAAGCUCCCAGACCACGGUCAGGGCAUGACAUCCUGGCAAAGAUUCGAGAAUCACAUCACAUCAUUAAACAACGCUGCAAAGAAGCGUCGACACGUAUCCGGACGUUCAUCCACCACACAACAUAAGCUCCUUUUCCUGGGCCGCCAUGGUAACGGCUAUCAUAACAUCGCAGAACGUUAUUACGGCAACCAGGCAUGGAAUUGCCAUUACUCGGCACUCGACGGCGACCCCGACGGCGUCAUGACUUGGGCCGACGCACAUCUCAGCGAAGAAGGCAGACGGCAAGCAAAGGAAGUCAACGCUUUCUGGAAAACACAAAUCGAAGAGCAGAAAAUGAAUCUCCCACAAGCUUAUUAUGUGAGUCCCCUCGACAGAGCGAUGGAAACGGCAGAGAUCACCUUCAAGGGCUUGAUCCCGUCCCCAGGUUUCCAGCCAACGGUGAUGGAACGUCUUCGCGAAGGAUCGGGAAUUCAUACCUGCGACCGUCGCAGCCCAGUUUCAUAUAUCAGACGGCGAUAUCCGUCCUACAUCACCACCCGUGACCCCCUCCUCACGGAGACAGAUGAAUUCUGGAAUGCAGUGCACCGGGAGCCGGACAAGGCAUUGAAGGCUCGUAUGAGGAAGUUUCUCGACACCCUAAUGCGGAGCGAAGAGAAUGAGAGAAUCAGUUUCACAAGUCAUUCCGGAGCGAUUGGUGCCAUGCUCAAGGUGCUCGGUCACCGACAGUUUUCAUUAGGGACAGGAUCGGUGAUUCCUGUUUUGGUGCGAGUGGACAAGAUUGAUGUCAUUGACGAUAAGAGAGUGAAGAGACAUGGCGGCAAGGUUGAAGGCGGCAAGCAUGCACAGCUCGAUAGUGCUGCUGCUGCUGCUGCUGAUGACGACGACAAUGAAGAUAAUGAGGUUGAAGACCAUGAAGAUGAUCAGUCAAAAUGGCCGACCAUCCCGUCUUGUCCCGCCGACAUGGAUCUUGAGAAUAUCGGUCGCCAGCGGUGGGGGAUGGGUCUCGACAAAUAUCUCGAGGGAGUUGAAGAUGGCACUCUGAAGCUGGAGGAAGUUGCUUUUCGAUAG